UCUGAGGCGUUAGGACCCUGCAGGUGACACUCCCGGGAUUUUCGGAUGUGUCAUGACGUCACCGUACUAAGGAGGCGAGCCGCCGAGUCGCUCCGCCGUCGCCGCCGCAGCAGCAGCAUCAGUCCUCAGGCAGUGAAACACCAGCUGCCGCAUAGUCGCUGGCUUGUUGGCGCCCCUUUACCUCUUCGUCGGACGGAAAGCGUCGCAAACUGAUAUUGAAAUAUCAGGCAAUAUAGAGGAGCGGUGAUAUCAGCCGGCAUGGCUUCCUCCGCCAAUGGAGCGGAGGAAGUCCGCGGCUCCGUCCUCACGCCGCUGAAGUUGGUUGGGCUAGUGUGCAUCUUCCUCGCGCUGUGCCUGGUGAUCGGGGCCGUGCUGAGCCCCGCGUGGGUCACUGCAGAUAACCAGUACUACCUAUCUCUAUGGGACUCGUGCUGGAAACCCGCGGCCUCGGAUAAAUGGCAAUGCAGCAGCACGCUGGAGACAGACUGGCAGAUCGCCACUCUGGCCCUGUUGCUAGGCGGAGCCGGCCUCAUUCUUCUCUCGUUCCUGGUGGGCCUGGUGUCCGUGUGUAUCGGCUCCCGGAGACGUUUCCACAGACCUGUCGCUGUGAUGCUGUUCGCUGCAGUUGUUCUGCAAGUGUGUAGUCUAGUGCUCUACCCGAUCAAGUUCAUCGAGACGAUCAGCUUAAGGAUAUACCACGAGUUCAACUGGGGUUACGGCUUGGCCUGGGGAUCCACCAUCUUCUCUUUUGGCGGGGCCAUCCUGUACUGCUUGAAUCCCAAGAACUAUGAAGACUACUAUUAAAAUAGCACCCCCAUGCACUCCCCUCACCUAAAAAAAAAAAAAAAAACCAUACACCUUGACUCUCCUCUACUCACUUGUAUUAUAUGGAUAAUCCAUACACUAAGCAGUGGGACUGAAGGAGAUCUUGUGCUUACUGCCCCUCCCGUCAAACUGACAAUAACUUUUUAAAGUCUGAGUUCAUAAAACUGACCAUCCUACGACAGCUUAUUGUUCUCAAUAUCAGCGAAAAAUGCUCAGUGGAAAUCUCCUUUAUGACAGUGUCUUUCCUUAUGUCGGCGGUUUUACUGCUAAUCACCCCCAAAGCGGCAAGGAAUUAAAUUCGACACUCAUUUUAAAGAAUUAAGUCACAAUUCGGGUUUUGAUGCACUUUCUAUAGUUUGCCAGAUUUUACAGAUUGCUGCAUAACAUCCCCUCUGUAUGUUAUAAUCUGAUAUUGUGGAUACUACGAAAUGAUUCUUUAGCACGGGCCCAUCACAGCAUCGUUACUUGUGGCGGUGUCUCUUUAAUUCGCUGGGUGAUAAGCCGAUAGAGACUCGCGUAGCCGGUGGGUUGUAGCUUUUUGCAUGUAGCGCUGACGUGGACAUGGAGGUGCAGCGAGAGGCACAGCGAUGGAGCCCUGCUUGGACAUGGCAGUGAAACACUGUGCUGAGAUGUACACCCUGCGGGCCUACAAUCAAUCAGACAUGGCUGCAGGAUGGUGUUGCUGGCUGUACAUUAUACAGCUGCUGGAAACAGCCUGCUGAUCACUAUCCUUAUAGUAGCAACACACACACACACACACUAGUCCAAAAGCAGUGGAUAGGAGUGGAUAAGAUAAGAUAAGAUAAGAUAGGACUUUAUUGAUUCCACAGUGGGGAAAUUUGUGUGUUAUCACAGCUCCAGACAGAUAGCAAGAAAGAGUUACAAGAGUAAAAGAUAUAAAAAAUACAAGAAUACAGAAAUAAAAAUAAUAUAAAAUAAGAUAAAACACUAAUACAAUAAUACAGACGUGAACAUGUUGUUGCUCAGUGGUCCAUCAUGAGAGUUCACAGGCAAGUCCCAAAAUUCAGCCUGGAAGGGAAUUUUUUAUAUAUUUUUUUUAAUGUUUAGCUACGCUGUUUCUUUAAACUGUAUUAUGGACUUUACUCCAGUCUUGCCACAGUCAUAUCAAUGUCAAUGUACAUGCAUGUGCAUUCAGUGUGAACACCAGACAUCACUGCACCAGUGGCCAGACGGUAGGUCGCCCAGCGAAUCCCACGAUUCCUUCUCUUUGAUAAGCCGAGGUUGCUUCGUGACUUAGGUAAAUGUGUUUUUACCAGUGUAUCUCUGCACUGUCAGUAGCAUAGCAGUGCUUUGACGUCACUGUAAAUACUGUAUUUUUAGAAGAUUAGGUUAAAGACAUUUUAAUAUGUUUAAUAUGUGCGUAGACAUUUCCUCCAGUAGACACUGCAACACUGAGAAUUAUAGAAGACCCUGUCACUUAGACUAAAUCGGCCUUAGAGAUGUAUUCUGCAAUGAAAAAUUGCCAAAAUGGAUCCUCUAGAGGUCGUGAAUGUAACCAUUUCAAAGAUAACCAUUUCUACAGAGACAUAUUACUGAGGAUUACUGAGAGCCGACAAGGGUAAAAUGCUGAAGAUGUGUUUCUGUGACAGAAAAUGCUCUUGCCUGGUUGCAUAAGUAGUAAUGAGUCCAAAUAACUGUCAAAACUCCCUUACAUGAGUUUCAGCCACUUCUUGUUUUGAAGGUAAAUUUGUCAGAAUCUGUCCCACUUUCUGGGUGUUUAACUGACAAGUGCGUUUAUCCUGUGACGUGAGCUGAAUGUUUAACCAGGUGUUUCUGACCUGUUUUCCAAUUAAGCCAAUGAAUGUAACUGGAAGGACUUGGAGAAUGUCGCCGAGGAUCAGCGAGGAUCAGUGAAUUCUUCUGUUCCUCAUAACACACGUAGACCUAUUGAGGUGCAUUGGUGUGCUCACUUCUGAUCUCAGAUGGGCAUUUUUUUAAGGCUUAGUGAAAAUGUAGAAGAUUCCCUGUUUACUUGUUUAGCUGCAUGCCCCAGAAAUAGCAGAGUUACUCCUCGUUAGCGGAAGUCACCUUGUUUAGAUUAAUGCAAAAGUGGUAAACAGUGUGUUUGUAUGCUGCAGGAAGGAUGCUAUGAAAGACUUGCUGAAUUAAAAAGAGGAAAAUGCCCCCAA